CUUAGGAUACAUUUUCCGCCCAGAGUAAAAGGACAGGAUACACUUUCAUCUUCAUAUUUUGCAUGUUACUCUGUAUGAAAAUGGGCGGCUUUAUCAGAGGCAUUUGUGUUCUUACAUUUACUUUUCUUGUAGGUCAGGCGAUCUGCGACUUGGAUAGAGAAUUCCUCCGCUCUAGAGAUAAAGACGUGGAGGAGUUCGAGAUAACUUCUGAUGACAUAACCAAUGAUGCUGGUGUCAUAGAGGAGUUUUAUACUGAAGACAGGACCGAGAGAAGUAGUGUAGCAAGUGAAGAAAAUGUCGACAAUUCCAGAGUCAAAAAAACUCUAACCGUAGCAAAUGGUGGUCAUUUGGGUGAUUGGGGCCCGGCGCAGUACUGUCCAAAAGGGUCAUAUGCCAUCGGUUACGACAUGAAGAUUGAACCCAAACAAAAGGUUGACAACACAGCGUUGAAUGCCAUCAAGCUUGUCUGUGAAUCUUUAGACGGGAAAGAAACUGGUGAGAUCACGUCAACCCAGGGACACUGGGGUUCUUGGGUUGGACGAACGUUCUGUCCAUCCGAAUCGGGCGAACGUCUCCAUCUAACCUCCUUUGACCUUCAAGUGCAGCAAAAACGGGGUGCAUUUAAAGAUGACACUGCCGCCAACUACGUGAAGUUCAGAUGCCGUAGUGGAAGUGGACGCCAGUACGAAAUAGUCAAACCGCCAGGACAUGGUUUAUUUGGCACAUGGGGAGCAUGGAGCGGCGAGUGUACACACGGCACUUCAAUUUGUGGAAUCAUGACAAAAGUGGAAAAGCCUCGAGGCCCCUUCCGCGACGAUACCGCUCUAAACGAUGUCAAAUUUUACUGCUGUAAAUAAACUGUAUGGUAUCACGCUGAAAUUAAGCACCUCAAGAAACGGCGCUUUAUUUCUAAAUGACGUUUCUAGUCAAUUUAUAAACAAAAUUACAAUUUUUACUCAACACAAUACUUCUCGUAUCUGAGCUAUGAUGAUAUACACUGUAUAAGUAGAACAUACUACACAUUUAAAGAUGUAAAGUUUCAAAACACCAACUGAAUGAUCCCUUUUAAAAGUUUCAAACCACAAAGUUCACAAAAGAAAUGUAAAAGCAUCUGCUUUUCAAAAAACGUUUCAUCUUGAAAUGAUCAAUUAAUAGUUUCAUUUUAUGAUAUAUAUUUGUUACGACCAAACAUAUACAUUGAACUUUGAAAAAAAAAGCCAAAACGUUUCAUAAGUGCAUUCAAGAAUGUAAAUUUUUAAAGCUUCGUAGUAUCUUAGAUACAUUCCACCAGACAGACGUACACACAUAUGCUAGCUGCUUUCUUAAUUUAUGUCCUAAUUAACUUGUAGACUCAGAAUGUUAUUAGUAACUUGUAUCUAAUGUCUACCAAAUGUUAUCAUAUCAUUUAUUUAUGUUAUUUAUAUUGAUUCGAGUAUUUCAAUAAAUACAGUCUGCAACGAUUAAA